GCUAGAAGUGGCUCGCAACUUCGGAAGGCGGUGGUUGCCCGCCAUCAGCAGUUUUGGCGCUCGAUGAAAUGGUCGCAUGUGUAAUGGUUCCACUCGCGCUCGGCUUCAAUGGGUUAUUAAGGAAGCCCAGAACCUUUGUUCAGGAAAUAUGCCAAAGGGAAAUUGCUGGUGGAAGGCUUCUAACUCCAGUAACUACAAACAUUGACUUUAACUGGGGAAGCUGUUCAGCUAGGGGCAUGAUUGCUAUGAAUAGGAUCUCUAUCCAUGGGAUGAUAUUUGGGAGAAGUUUUUGUGAUCCCAUUUCCCAUUAUUUUAAUGUAAGCUCAAGUGCUCAUGUCAUAAUAUCUGGUUUUUGGGUUGGACCAGACAUUGAGGAUGGAUGGGGUUUUGUAGAAGCAUUUGUACAUCGAAUAUAUUGAUUAAUCUAUGUAAGGUUUUUUUCUUU